GCAGCGUUUGAAAGAGUCGGUCGAUUGGUUGACUGCGUUCUGGCGGUACUGCGCACAGGUGAGAGUUCGGAGCGCAGGGGCGUUUAAAGCUGCGCGCGCCCAAUACAACGAAAGAAACGGUCGGUCAGGUGUACGAGUAUCUGUGUGCGAAUCGUUGGUAACAGCCGGCCACUGAGUGUCACCAUGAUGCACAAAUUGAAAUACCGCGAUAAAUUAAAAUGGCUUCUAGCGCUUCUUGUGCUAUUCAGCAUUUGUUUUAUGCAGACAAAGGGACAGACAAGAGACCCCAGGUUUUAUUCCCGCCCGGGCGUUGACUACCAUUGGCCAAAUCCAGGGGAUCCAGAUUACAGAACUUACACGUUCAACGAUCGCCGAUAUGGUCACUAUCAGCCCAAUGGCUAUGGAGCCAACUAUCCGGGCAGAAAUCCACCUGGCCAAUAUCCACAGGGAAUGCCGAAUGAAGAUCGCUUUCGAUUCGAUCCGAACGAUCCGAAUGCUCGGACCCAGUUUCCGGGAGUGUUGGCCGGAUGGCGAGAGGACUUGCAGGGCAAGCAGCGCCGGGAUUCGUUGACCCUGGAACGGGAUGUAUUCGUGACCACAAACUAUGGCCAGGUGCAGGGCUUCAAGGCGUACAUGUACGACAACCCAGACCCCAAGUCCUUCUAUCGUCCCUAUCAUUCGACCGUGGACCGUGUGAUGGGCGAGUGUUCGGUGUUCCUGGGUAUUCCCUACGCCCUGCCGCCCACUUUCGAGGGCAGGUUCAAGCCACCCCGCGUCCAUCGAGGCUGGCAGCUGCUCCAGGCCGUCGACUUUGGACCCGCCUGUCCCCAGCCUGUGCGGUAUACGGGAGCCACAAAGGGAGUCAUGGACAUGGAUGAGGAUUGCCUCUACUUGAACGUGUAUUCGCCGAAGACUGGUGCUGGUGUGGCCCAAAAGUACCCUGUAAUGGUGUAUAUCCAUGGUGGCGAGUUCAUCCGUGGAGCCUCCAACCUAUUCCAGGGCCAUAUUCUGGCCUCGUUCUACGACGUGGUGGUGGUGACCCUGAACUACCGCCUUGGUGCUCUGGGAUUCCUUUCAACUGGUGAUGAGAACUCGCCCGGGAACUAUGGAAUCCUCGAUCAGGCGAUGGCGCUGCGUUGGAUCCAUGACAAUAUUGAGUUCUUCAACGGUGACCGGAAUGCCAUCACUCUAUUCGGUCCGGGAGCGGGAGGCGCCUCGGCUGGUCUCCUGAUGGUGGCACCACAGACGCGGAACAUUGUGCGGCGUGUGAUCGCACAGUCCGGAUCGGCUCUAGCGGAUUGGGCUCUGAUCCAGGACAAGUAUCGCGCUCAGAACACGAGUCGCGUGCUGGGACAGCUACUGGGCUGCUCCAUCGAAUCCUCAUGGAAGUUGGUCAACUGCCUGCGCACUGGACGCAGUUUCUACGAGCUGGGAAACGCCGAGUUCUCUCCCCAGGUGGGUAGCUUUCCAUGGGGUCCAGUUCUGGACCACAACUUUACGUUGCCCGGCGACGAUUGGUACGAGGGAUGGCGCGAAAAGGACUGGCGAUUCCUUACCCAAACUCCGGAAACCCUAAUCCGGGCAGGUAAAUUCAACCGGAAUAUUCAGUACAUGACGGGGGUGACCACACAGGAAGCUGCUUUUUUUGUGGCCCAAAACGAAUCCUUAAGUCCUUACUAUGAACUAGAUGGACGCUUCUUUGAUCAGAAAAUAAGGGAACACGUUUUCCGCUACAACUAUACCCUUAAUCCGAACGGAGUUUACGAGGCUAUCAAGUACAUGUACACCUUCUGGCCGGAUCCCAAUAAUAACACCAUAAUCCGGGACCAGUACAUCAACAUGCUGAGUGACCUGUACUACCGAGCACCGGUGGAUCAGAUGGUCAAGCUGAUGUUGGAGCAGAAGGUACCGGUCUAUAUGUACGUACUGAACACCACCGUGGAGGCACUGAAUCUGCCACAGUGGCGGAAGUAUCCACACGACACCGAGCGUUAUUUCCUUACCGGAGCGCCCUUCAUGGACACCGAAUUCUUUCCCAAAAAGGAGCACCUGCAGCGCAACAUGUGGACGGAUAAUGAUCGCAAUAUGAGCCACUUUUUCAUGCAGACCUACUCGAAUUUUGCUAGAUAUGGCAAUCCGACGCCACAACAGGUGCUAGGCAUGCAUUUCCAGAGAGCCUAUCAGGGAGAGAUUCGGUACUUGAACAUCAACACCACUUACAACUCCUCCAUCCUGCUCAAUUAUCGGCAGACGGAGUGCGCCUUCUGGACGCAGUACUUGCCCACAGUUAUCGGCGUGCUGGUGCCCACCUAUCCACCCACAACGGAGUACUGGUGGGAGCCCAAGGAGCCGCUGCAGAUCGCCUUCUGGAGCAUGUCCGUGACCUGUUUCUUCCUUAUUGUCUUGGUGGUCAUCUGCUGCAUCAUGUGGCGCAAUGCCAAGCGCCAAUCGGAUCGCUUCUACGACGAAGAUGUCUUUAUCAAUGGUGAGGGCUUGGAAGCGGAAGCGGACACGCGUGGAGUCGACAAUGCCCAUAUGGUGACCAACCACCAUGCCCUGCGCUCUAGGGAUAAUAUCUACGAGUACCGGGACUCUCCAUCCACCAAAACCCUGGCCAGCAAGGCGCACACGGACACCACCUCGUUGCGCUCACCCAGCUCUCUGGCCAUGACCCAAAAGUCCAGCAGCCAGGCGUCCCUUAAAUCUGGGAUCUCGCUCAAAGAAACCAAUGGUCAUUUGGUGAAGCAAGCUGAAAGGGCAGCCACGCCACGAUCCCAGCAAAAUGGUUCGACGGCAAAGGUAGCGGCUCCAGUGGAAGAGAAGCGUCUGCUGCAGCCACUUUCCAGCACGCCCGUGACGCAGUUGCAGGCGGAGCCGGCUAAAAGAGUUCCCACCGCCGCCAGUGUCUCGGGCAGCAGUCGGAGCACCACUCCCGUGCCCUCUGCCCGAAGCACCGUGCACACCACAACAGCCACCUUGAGUUCCCAGCCAGCGGCUCAGCCGAGGAGAACCCAGCUGGUGGAAGGAGUGCCUCAGACUUCCGUAUAAGUAACCGCUCUCUAAGCGCAGGAUGCGCUUAGGGAGUCCGCCGAAUCGUCCAAUUACAGAGCCAAUCAACAAUCCAGAAGGAAGAACACCAGGUAGGUCGAAGUUUUUAUGACCGGGAUCUAUACCAAUAAAUCUUUCUUUGUAUUGUUGAUCUUAGUAUAAAAAAUCACAUUACUUACAAAAACCUACAUUCUUACAGUUCCUCCCGGGAUUUUAAUUAAAGUAAGUUAGUUAUUUCCGAAAAAUGUACGUUUUAUUUUGUAUUUAUACUAGGUUUUUAAACAGAUCUUUGAGAUCUCAGUUUUGAGUUAUAUUUAGGAAAACCUGUAUUUCUUAUGCCUUACUUUAAGUUUACUUGUUCGUAAGUUUGAUAACCCAACGAAUACAAAUCCAUAUCAAUGACAUUCCAUAGCCUUAUAAUCGGCCUUCACGUGUAUAUACAUAUAUAAUUUUAAUGUACAAUACGAAAUAUUUUAAUAUAGGAAAUAUAAUGAAAACUAAAAAUGUUUUUUGUAACAAAUAUUGAGCUUAACUUUUACUAAACUCCCUUUUAGUGGUAGUAAUAUCGAAUGAAAUUUACAUAAGAGCAUACAUAUUAUUUGAAUUGUUAUAGAAAGAAAUAAAUUAACGUUAUUAAAAAUAAUGCAUUACAUUAUUUAAAACCUGCUAUUUUAUAAUACAAAAUUCAUAACACUGUCGCGUUCCGUAUCAUAAGAAUAUCAUGUUAACCAUUAGAUCCUAGCCACUCCCACACAUCAUCAAGAGCAAUACCUACAGUGCCUUAAUUUCUGGUAAUUGUCUCCGAUGGACGCAUCACUAGUUCUUAACGAACAGUGUCCCUCAUCCAUGUACCCACUAAGUGUGCCUUUCAUACAUACAUAAAUGUACUCCUAGUUAUAUACUUUCUAUAUGUUUUGUGUGUCGCAUAUAAGCAAAAUGACCAUACAAAUCAGUGUGAACCGUCCAAUAACUUUAUGUUUUUAAAAGUAUCGUGUACAUUGUUUUUUUGUAUAUAUCUUCAUGUGUUACACGAUAGAAAGCAUAAUGUUUUAAACACAUUAUAUGUACUUUAGAUAAGAUUAAUGUAUUUGUCUAUUAAUAAAUAUUUUUACAUUA